GCUUCGCGCUUGCGCAGUGCGCCGAAACCAGGACUUAGUGUCUGUUACACAACCGCUGAGGAGCCAGGGGCUGCGCUCUGCGUCGCUUCCCCGCUCCGCGCGUCCCCGGCGGCUUCAGCUCAGUUCUGCUCCUCUCCGCUUCGCUCUCCUCCCGCUUCGCUCCGCUCGGCAUCUCCCGCAGCCUCCGGUAUGAGCGGGGACCAGCUGCACAACGACUCCCAGAUCGAGGCGGAUUUCCGAGCCAACGAGUCCAAUGAUGAAUCAACGUACAAAAAUGCAGAGCUGCUCGUGGUUGCUGGAGGUGCAGAGAGGAAGGCAGGAAUAGGACAGGACUCUGAUUCUCACAAACACAAAGAUAAACACAAAGACCGAGAACACCGGCACAAAGAGCACAAGAAGGACAAGGAAAAAGACCGGGAAAAGUCCAAGCACAGUAAUAGCGAGCACAAAGACUCCUCGGAAAAGAAACAUAAAGACAAGGAGAAAACCAAACACAAAGAUGGCAGCUCAGAGAAACACAAAGACAAACACAAAGACAAAGACAAGGAGAAGAGGAAGGAAGAAAAGAUUAAAUUAGCUUCUGGUGAUAUAAAAAUCAAGAAGGAAAAGGAAAAUGGUUUCUCCAGUCCACCACGUAUUAAAGAUGAACCAGAUGAUGACGGGUUUUAUGCUUCUCCUAAAGAGGACUCCAAACCCCUGAAGAGGCCUCGGGAAGAUGAUGAUGCUGACUACAAACCCAAGAAAAUAAAAACAGAAGACAUAAAGAAAGCAAAGAAAAGGAAACAAGAAGAAGAAGAGGAGAGCAAAGCAAAGAAGGCUAAGAACAAAGAUAAGAAAAGCCCUGAAGCGGACAAAAGAAAGAAGCCGAAAAAAGAAGAGGAGCAGAAAUGGAAAUGGUGGGAAGAAGAACGCUACCCUGAAGGAAUUAAAUGGAAGUUUUUAGAGCAUAAAGGUCCUGUAUUUGCUCCGCCAUAUGAACCACUGCCUGAAAACGUCAAGUUUUACUAUGAUGGUAAAGUCAUGAAGCUGAGCACCAAAGCAGAAGAAGUUGCCACAUUCUUUGCAAAAAUGCUUGACCACGAGUACACUACAAAGGAGAUCUUCAGGAAAAACUUUUUUAAGGACUGGAGGAAGGAAAUGACCUCUGAAGAGAAGAGCACAAUCACCAGCCUCAGCAAGUGUGACUUCACCCACAUGAGCCAGUAUUUCAAAGCUCAGACGGAAGCUAGGAAACAGAUGUCCAAGGAGGAGAAACAGAAAAUCAAAGAGGAGAAUGAGCGGCUAUUGAAGGAAUAUGGUUACUGUGUGAUGGACAACCACAAAGAGAGGAUUGCUAACUUUAAGAUUGAACCUCCAGGUCUCUUCCGAGGCCGAGGGAACCAUCCCAAAAUGGGCAUGUUGAAGAGGCGCAUCAUGCCAGAAGACAUCAUCAUUAACUGCAGCAAGGAUUCCAAGGUCCCUCCCCCUCCGCCAGGACACAAAUGGAAGGAAGUCCGGCAUGAUAACAAGGUUACCUGGCUAGUGUCAUGGACAGAGAACAUCCAGGGCUCCAUCAAAUACAUAAUGUUGAACCCUAGUUCAAGAAUUAAGGGUGAGAAGGACUGGCAAAAGUAUGAGACAGCCCGGAGGUUGAAGAAGUGCGUAGAUAAAAUCCGAAAUCAAUACAGAGAAGAUUGGAAAUCCAAAGAGAUGAAAGUACGGCAGAGAGCUGUGGCUCUGUACUUCAUUGAUAAACUUGCUCUGAGAGCUGGUAAUGAAAAGGAAGAAGGUGAGACAGCUGACACCGUGGGCUGCUGCUCUCUCAGAGUAGAACAUAUCAAGCUGCAUCCUGAGCUGGAUGGCCAGGAAUACGUGGUUGAGUUUGACUUCCUCGGAAAAGACUCCAUCCGAUACUACAACAAAGUCCCUGUUGAGAAGAGGGUUUUUAAGAAUCUUCAGCUGUUCAUGGAGAACAAGCAGCCUGAGGAUGACCUUUUUGACCGCCUCAAUACCAGUAUCUUAAAUAAACAUCUUCAAGACCUUAUGGAGGGACUGACAGCCAAGGUAUUCCGUACUUACAAUGCCUCCAUCACGCUACAGCAGCAGCUCAAGGAGCUCACUAACCCGGAUGAUAACAUCCCAGCGAAGAUCCUUUCCUAUAACCGUGCCAACAGAGCGGUUGCCAUUUUGUGUAACCACCAGAGGGCUCCACCGAAGACCUUUGAGAAGUCCAUGAUGAACCUGCAGAGCAAGAUCGAUGCCAAGAAGGAGCAGUUAGCUGAUGCCAGGAGAGAACUGAAAAGCGCCAAAGCUGAUGCCAAGGUCCGGAGGGAUGAGAAGUCUAAAAAGGCAGUGGAGAGCAAGAAGAAAGCAGUACAGAGGAUUGAGGAGCAGCUGAUGAAGUUGGAGGUUCAGGCUACAGAUAGGGAGGAGAACAAGCAGAUCGCCUUGAGCACCUCCAAACUCAACUAUCUGGAUCCUAGGAUCUCUGUUGCUUGGUGUAAGAAGUGGGGAAUUCCUAUAGAGAAGAUAUAUAACAAAACCCAGCGAGAGAAAUUCGCCUGGGCUAUCGACAUGGCAGAGGAAGACUAUGAGUUUUAACCUGUUUUUAAUGAGAUGAAUGUUAUGGGAAUAAAAGGGGGAGUUAGCCUGGUUUUUAGGAAGAUUGAUAAACUGUGAGCCUUACUUGUCCUUGGAUGCUGGGGAGGGGGGAGAAAAGGGGGCAAGUGAGCAUGGGAUAAAACAGCCAACAUCUUGUAGAAAGCAUAACCUGGAAAUAUCCUAAAGGAGCUGAGCCAGUUGUCCUAUGGACAACUUAUUUAAAGUGUUUCAGAGAUCCAAAUUCUAGCUGUCUGGUUUGUGUGGUUUGUUUUUUUCUCUCUUGAGGCAGAGCAAGUGGGAUGGAGGAUUUGUCAACCUUCCGCCAGGCAAAUUCACCAUCACACUGCGAGCGUGGGAAUCUUUAGCUACUGUAUACAAAAUCCAAUUAUAUUGGUGCGUUUUUACAGUUAGGGUUUUGCAAUAACUUCUAUAUUUUAAUAGAAAAUGGAACUCUUUAACCCCCGCCCCUUCCCCCGCCCCAUCUCAGAAUCUUAACAAAUACGAUGUAAGAAACCCAACGCACCUGUUACAGCCGUCACUUACAGUCAUGGGACUUACCCGACCUUAUGUUUUGUUACCUGUCACUCGACCCGGCCGUGGCAUUUGGGACAUCAACAACAAACAUCCACCGCGUUGGUUGGGAGCAAAGCGUGAUGGGAAAUGGAAACGAGCCCUCCCGACUGCUGCGCGUCCCUUUUAGUUUUGUUUUUAAAUGUGAAUUUGUAUUGCUUUUAAUUAUUUUUAAGCUAUUUAAAAAAAAACAUUUUCUUUCCUCUUCUUCUUGAUCUUAAAGAUCACAUCGAUGUAUGGGGGGGGGGGGGUGAUGUGCGAUGGGAUCCCAGCACCAAUGCAAUGAAUGGGCAGGGAGCGCCGUUCCCGUCACGCUUUGCUGUGAGCGCUCUGUACGCUUCAGGAAUAUUUCCUUUUAGGUUUGUCAGACUUUUUCCUUCCCCUCCCCACUUUGAUUUUCAAUAAGCCCCUCCUCUCCCCCCCACCCCCCUUCUCUCUCUUUUACUUGAAAGAUUUUAUCGUGUAAAAAAAGAAAUAAGAAGUUUCACAGGUCAAAAAUUUCGAGGGAAACGAGCAUCGAUCCCUAAAGGCAAAUCAGCACCAUUGAGGGCUUUUAUUUUUGGGGAGGGUUUUUGGGGGGGGUUUAUUUUGGUUUUAUUUCUUUCCUUUUUGUAAUUGUGUACAAAAAAAAAAAGACAAAAAAAAAAAACUUUUAAAAAAUGACAAAGCAGAAUUUUAAUGUGAAACCCUUUUUUUUUUUGUUGUUUUAUUUUAUUUUAUUUUUUGCUAUAAUCAUUAGUUUUAGAGGCGUUGUUAGCGUUAGUGUGUGUGCGAAGACCAUUUUCCUGCAGCCUUUUCCUCCAACAAGUAUCUUCUAUUUUUAUCAUGAAUUCCCUUUUAAUCAACUGUAGGUUAUUUAAAAUAAAUUCCUACAACUUAACGGAG